CGGCCAAUGGCGCUCGGGGCGGCGGUCUGACCGCGUCCCGGAGGCGCGGGCGGCCAUUGAGGGCGGCGUGCGGAGCGGCGGCGGCGCUGCCCGCGGGCCCCCGAGCCGCGGGGGGCGAUGGAGAUGAAGAAGCGCAUCAACCUGGAGCUGCGGAACCGCGCCCCGGAGAAGGUGACGGAGUUGGUGCUCGAUAACUGCCGGUCCAGCAAUGGUGAGAUCGAAGGCCUGAACGACUCCUUUAAAGAGCUCAAGUUUCUCAGCAUGGCCAACGUAGAGCUGACGUCGCUGGCCAAGCUUCCCACGUUGAGUAAGCUCCGAAAGUUGGAGUUGAGCGACAACAUCAUUUCAGGAGGCCUGGAGGUCCUUGCAGAGAGAUGUCCGAAUCUCACAUAUCUAAACUUAAGUGGCAACAAAAUCAAAGAUCUUGGCACUGUGGAAGCUCUUCAAAAUCUUAAAAACUUGAAGAGUCUGGACCUGUUCAAGUGUGAGAUCACAAACCUGGAGGACUACAGAGACAGCAUUUUUGAGCUGCUUCAGCAAAUCACGUACCUGGAUGGGUUUGAUCAGGAAGAUAACGAGGCGCCAGACUCUGAGGAUGACGAUGAUGAGGAAGGCGAUGAAGAUGACGAUGAUGAAGAUGAGGGUGAAGCUGGUCCUCCAGGAGAAUACGAGGAGGAAGAUGAUGAAGAUGACGGAGGCUCCGAUUUGGGGGAAGGCGAAGAGGAGGAGGAAGUGGGUCUGUCGUACCUGAUGAAAGAAGAGAUCCAGGAUGAAGAUGACGACGACGACUACGUUGAAGAAGGAGGUGAUGAGGAGGAAGAAGCAGAGGGCGUUCGAGGGGAGAAGAGGAAACGAGACCCUGAAGAUGAAGGCGAGGAAGAGGACGAUUAAUCUGUUCCAGACACAGUAGGACCAGACUCUUCAGCAACAAAACACGCAAUAGUGAUUAUGCAGACCUGUAUGUCUCUAUGUACCACAGAUGUCCCUACAGAAGAUAUGUUAACUUUUUAUAGGAAAAGUGUGGUUUUACUAUUCUUGCCCUUUUUAUCAUUCCAAAUAAGAUAUAAUAGCCUGGUAGUGAGCCUCUAUGUAGAAAACAAUUGCCAGCCCUAUAAUCACUGAAGCCAUUGUCAAGUUUCCCCCCUUAGACUUUGAUUUGGAGCUCUUUAAUUUCGUACACGCUUGCUGUGUUGGUCAUCGUUAGCCCAGAGUUCAAACCCCCAUCUCACCUGGGUUUAAUAUUGUGUGUUUCCUUCAGGAUUUUCAAGUUUUCAUACCUAAAAAGCUGAACUCGGAAAUGCUGUUUGGCCAAUUCCAGCCUUGGGAAUGAGAUGUUGGCUUAUAGUAUGAGUUUAUGAGGGAUUCUGUUUGACAUCGGCAGCCAGAUCACACCUUCAUCGCGGCGUUUUAAAAGGUGGCUCCUGUAGUAUUCAAUUUUGAAUUCUUCUACCCAUUUUGGGUGUUUCAUUGUAACGCCGCAGUGGGUUUCAGGAGAUCUUUUUUCCCCUGCCCGCUCCAAUGUUCACUGGGUACCUUCAGGAACGCAUCCUGGCAGACCCAAAGGGUUGUAAUCCUUCCAUUCUCCCAAAUAAUGAGCAGUUCUAAACCCAUUUCGCCAGAAGUCUCUGUUAAACUUUUGCUCCCUCUGCUCUUGCGUCGUCGUUUCAGGAAUUCCGCAGCCGUUGGGGGGGGUUUAGACUAUAAAAUAUGUGCGUUCCUGAGGCAGAAGUUAAGGGGUAACUCCUUCAAGCAUGUGAUUUUCAGGCAAACUCCCCCACUUUUCUACAAUCAUCGAAGAGGGAAAAAAACCCCAAAUAUCAAUUAAAUCUUUCUUCACAGGUUACCUUUUAAACUUCUUAAACCUGGUUGUAGGCAAAACACUCGCGUUCCUGGACGAUGCUCGUUAAUAGGUAGGGGUUUAUAUUGAACAGCUGCAGACUUGUUUGGGGGCAAGCACGGCUUUUUGCAGCCCGAUAUCACCAACAGGUCUUUCAUUCUGCCCCAGUUCCUGUUUGAGCCGCUGCGAAACAAGUUCAGUCGUAAAGCAUUCCCUCCGUUUAAAAGCGUAGUGUCGCUAUAAAACUGAUUCCCGUGGUUUCAACGUCAUCGAACCCAAUAUCACACACAGUUUUAUGCAAGAGACUUAUUUUUGUAUCUGUCCUGGCUGGCGUUAAAUGGGGAGACGGUGCGGGUGGGGAGCAGGGAGAUGCUCUGGACCCGAGCAAGAGUCGGUCAGUGAGUAUUUAAUAGCAUUUCACACGCUCACAGACUUUUAACGCAACUUCCAGCUCUUAAAUCAAGUUUAGAUACCGCAGGAUGUGAAGUUCUGCGAAGCUCAGUUUCUUGGGUGUGGGUUUCCCGCCCCGGAUAGAGCCUUAAAUCAUAGUUUCUGCUGCAACGGUGAAGCACAGGCGUUAAAGGCGUCGGAAGGGAUCCAGGGAGGUGGAAAUGAACGGACUGAACGGGGUUCGCGUUUCUUAAUGAAGACCUGUAAAGACACAGUCGUGGUGAAAUGGCUUUGACAACCACAAUCCGAGUUCCCGUGUUUGCGUACGGCGACAGAAUGAAUUGAAACCCUAGGUAAGUGCACGUCCCAUCUCGUCGUGGAGGCUCUGUGUUCCAGGCAGUUGCUUUGUGCUCAGCUUUGAGAUAGAAAAAUGUCUUUUCCCAUCUAUUCCCUUAAUAUUUUUUUCUUUUUUCAGUCUCGGUGAAUGAUUCAAACCUAUUAUUUAUACUUUCAAGUACCUCAUGUCAGGGUUUUCCCUCUUUUACUGAUGCAUUUAAGAUUAGUUUUAAAUGGAACAAAAAAAAAAAUAUCUAUUUUGAUGAAUUAAAAUUAUUGGAAUAGCAGUUUUGUUUCAGCGAGCGCAUCCAACCUUGACGCUGGAUGAGCUCGUUGGACACUGCAGGAUAAUCCGGGGAGGGCUCAGCAGCCCUUCCCUCGGCCAGGCAGGCUUCACGCUUCCCAAAACACCUCGCGGUGUCGCGCAGCCGCCGCCGCCGCAUCAAAAAACCUGAGCCUCACGCAGAACUUAAACCUUCCUGAGUAGCUUUGUCUUCUCCUGGGUAAGAGUUUCAGCUCCGUCAGCUUGGCAUGCAAGUAAACAGCGCCGCGGUUUUUAAAACCAGAGCCUCCAAAAGAGAACUUUUGAAUCUUUUUUGCUUGGUGGGUGGUCUUUUCAUGCAAAUACGUAAGGGUGGGUUUUAUAUUUUGUAGAGGUUUUGUCCUAUUUUAAUGCUCUUUGUAUGGCAGUCUGUAUAUAGUGUGGUUUUGGUUCCUUCUCGACCUCUUUCCUUCCAACUUUGGAGUAACUGAUUUUGUGCAACUGUGUUUUGAAUAAAGCCAUGACAGUGUUAAAUUAAAGAAAAACAACCCCGCAGCACUCUUCGGAUAAUUUUUAGUUGUAACGAAACGUCGUUUCCUCCCCGCGUGUGCUGUAAAUUUUAAAUUAAAAAGUUUUCGAACCGAAUUAUUUCAAAUAAAUUGAGAAUAUUGUAUUGGA